UUCUCAACUCCCACACGCUCAUCAAUCCUCUGACCUCCUCGCCGCCAUCUUCUUCAUCCCCUUUCCUCCGUUCCCUUCCCCCCGUUACAUCUCGUCUGCCGCUCGCCGCCGUCCUGUCGACAUAGGCGCUCGCGCCCGCCAAUUGCAGAAUCGCCGCCUCUGGACUUACGGUCUCACCGUCAGCUGUGUCGCUGGGUUCAUCGUAAUCGUGCUCGCCAACUUCCAGGAUCAGCUUCUUUUCUACAUCACUCCCUCUGAUGCCAUGGCGAAGUUCACGGCAAAUCCCUCGAAGACUCGCUUCCGCCUCGGUGGCCUCGUCAUGGAGGGAAGUGUUCUCUACCCCUCAUCAUCCUCCCCGGAGAUGGAGUUUGUCGUCACAGACCUUCUUACCGAUAUCCUUGUCCGCUACGAGGGUUCCCUUCCCGACCUCUUCCGCGAGGGCCACUCCGUCGUGGUUGAGGGAUUCCUUCGCCCGUUUUCGUCCGAUUCUGGCAUCCAUGCCGCGACCACUGGCCCGCCGGUGACGGCCAAGGCCAGGAGCCUUGAUUGUUACUUCAAGGCCACGGAGGUGUUGGCUAAGCACGACGAGAAGUAUAUGCCUAAGGAGGUUGCAGUAGCUCUUGAGAAGAAUAAGAAGAAGUUAGAAGAGGCAGGGGAAGCUAAGGCCUUGGCAUUGGAGAAGAGGAGUUGAGGAAAAUCAAUGAUUCAGGUUUUUAAUUAAUUAAUUCUUCUUUAAAAUUUGAGUUUUUAUUGGAUCCUGUCACAGGUUGCGAUUAUUUAUUAGCAGCGGAAUAUUAGACUAAUUUGUGAUGCAGCACAUUGCUGCGAGUUGAAACUAGUUAAAUUCUGCCGUUGAGAACGGAUAUAUGAUAAGAAUAACAGCGAGUGACAAAUUAAUUUUUUGAGAUGUAGACAUGAUAUAAAACUAUGUAUUCUGAUGUAAAAUCUGUAGACUAAAUACAUACUUUUUUUUGUGUUCUUAUAAUGAGGAUUUCAGUUACUUUG